AUGACUUCGCCCGUAUCCCUCCCGGACCGUGUGAGCUACGAGGAGGCGCACCGUCGCUUCGUGAUGCUGGCGAAUCCCACGGCCGCCGCGUGCGACUCCAACUCCACAGCUUUUCAGCUUCAGCUGGCGCAGUCGUUGCAGUUGAUGAAGAAGUGUCUCGAGCAGCGGCAACUGGACAGCAUCUUGUCGGCGAACGAGCGGUUCUUUGAGUUGCAGAACGCGCAACUUUAUGCGUUUUGUAUGGAAUAUUAUCUAGGCAUGCUCGUCCCAAAACAGGUGGGGUUCCAGCACAAUGUUGCCGGAAAAGACCGUCGGGUAGAGCAGGAUGGGCAACAUAAGCCAGCCUCGGACCACAAGCGCAACGUAAUGCACCGCAUCACGGUCCUGUGCGAAGCAGAUGCUUUUUUGACCGAAUUUCUUGACCGUGCCGAGAAGUAUGGCCUUUUGACCGAAACGAAACGUCGCGAGCAGUACGAGCGGCUGGAGACGAAGCAAUUUUCGCUCUCGAGAGAUGAAAAAAUUCAGCAGUUCCAGCUGCAGCGAGAGAUGACGCACAAGUUGCAGCAAGUGCAGAGACGACGUGAAGAGAAACGAGAUACUGGUCUUGGCAAUGCACAAGGAGAGGAGGACGUGGACGGUCUGGACGAUGACGACGUGGAUGAGUUGGAGCGCGAGCAGCUCUUGAUGUUUAUUCAGUUGGCUGUUGUCAAGUGUAUGGAGGAGCAGACGAGUAUUAAUCAGGAAAAAGACAUGCUCGAGACUAUGAUCGCGAUGAACGCGGCUACAGACACACGUGAUUUGUUCUCGGACGUGCACCGCCCGACUGCGCCUCCUCAGGGACAAGGCAUUGAAGUGACGCGGAUCAAUCCACAGAUGGAGAUGCAACGUGAGACGAUCCGAUCAGGAGUGUUCCGGCCUGGUCACCGUCUUCCGACAAUGUCAUUGGCGGAGUAUGCGGAUCGCGAGGUGGCUGACGCCACGGAACGCCAGAAAAGAGCACAGGAGGCUCCACAGGGGCCGCGUCGGUAUGACCAGCUUGUGGAAGACGGAGAUGAGGACGAUGAGGCAUUAGUGGAAGAGGCUGCGUACAAGGACCGAGUUUGGGAUGACUGGAAGGACGCAAAUGAGAAGGGUAUCGGCAAUAAGAAGGGCUCACAGUUUUAG